AUGGAGCUGAGACUGACAGAGGAGAAAAGGAAGCACAUCACAGAAAACAAGGAACUGAGUAUUUUGGAAAGCCAGGAGAACCAACUCCAGACCCUUGGAGUUGAUUUACUCAAAUGGCAAAAUGCCCGUCUUCACCACACUGAUGCAUAUGACAACAAAAGUCUGAUUGUAAGACGUGGACAGGAGUUUCAGCUGAAACUGAUGUUUGACAGAGAGCUGAAAGACAAUGACAGAGUGGGGCUGCAGUUCAGUUUUGGUGAUAAACCAAUGAAAUCCAAUGGGACCCUGUUGGCAAUGACCUUGAGGUCUCAGCAAGACUCUCAGUGCUGGUCUGCCAAGAUUGCUAACACCAAUGGAAAGGAGUGCCUGGUUACUGUGGCCAGUCCAGCAGAUGCAGCUAUUGGAAAAUACCUUCUGAGUGUGAAAACUGGAGCUAAGGUUUAUAACCCUGGAAACACUGUCUACUUGUUGUUCAACCCCUGGUGUAAAGCUGAUGCUGUUUUCAUGCCUAGCGAUGCUGAAAGGCUGGAGUAUGUUCUCAAUGACACAGGCUACCUCUAUGUUGGAUCAUCAGAAAAAAUAUUUGCGAAACCCUGGAAUUUUGGGCAGUUUGAGGAAGAUGUCUUGGACUCCUGUAUGUAUCUCCUAGACAAAAGUGGACUCAAGCAAAACUUCAGAAAGGAUCCCGUGACUGUGUCCAGGACCAUGUCUGCUUUGGUUAAUUCCAAUGAUGAUGCAGGAGUCCUGCUUGGAAACUGGUCAGGAAAUUAUGGUAGUGGGACCUCUCCAUUGGCCUGGACAGGAAGUGCCACGAUUUUACAGAAAUAUUACAAAACUAAAAAGCCCAUCUGUUUUGGCCAGUGUUGGGUCUUCUCUGGAGUUCUGACUACAGUCAUGCGCUGCCUGGGGAUCCCUGCCAGAAGUGUGAGUAACUUUGCUUCAGCUCAUGAUACUCAGGAAAAUCUGAAAGUUGACAUCUUCCUGAAUGAAUGUGGAGAAAAAGUGGACAAGCUGACCACAGACUCUGUCUGGAAUUUCCACGUGUGGAAUGAUGUGUGGAUGAAAAGGUCAGACCUGCCGGAGGGCUUUGAUGGCUGGCAGGCAAUCGAUGCCACUCCACAAGAGAUAAGUCAAGGUAUUUUCCAGUGUGGCCCUUCUCCACUGAAAGCUAUCAGAAGUGGAGAAGUCUAUUUGCCCUAUGACUCCAAGUUUAUAUUUGCUGAAGUGAAUGCUGAUAAGGUUUACUGGCUUGUGAAGAAUGUAGCCGGCAAAGACAAAUACAUCAAGCUCCGCGAGGAGACCAAAGCCAUUGGGAAGAACAUCAGCACCAAAGCCAUUGGAAAAAACAUGCGGGAAGACAUCACAGCUCAAUACAAGUUCUUGGAAGGGUCAUCAGAGGAAAGGAAAACCAUGGAAAAAGCUUGCUCCUUUCUCAGAUGUUCAGAUACGGUAGAUGCUAGGCUGUCCUCUUCUCCACUCACAGCUGGGAUCCAGCUGAAGACAGAUGGUGAAAAAUCUUUGUGGCCGGGCAACCCCAUUGAUUUGAAAAUCAUUGUAAACAGCACUUCAACUGAAUCAUGGACAGCCAGUCUCACUGCCUCUUGCCAGCUGCAGUCCUAUACUGGGAAGGUAGAGGCCAAUCUUGGAUUUAUCAAGCAGACUGUCCAGACUGAAGGCAAACCUGCGAUUGAGAUCCCUCUGAAUGUGGCAGCUGAUACUUACAUAAAGACACUGGCAUCUGUGGAAGAUGAACUUCUCAUCAAAGUUAAUAUUAUUGCUGAGGUUCAGGAAACGGGUGAAAAGGUUUCUGAUGAGCUAACGCUUGCAUUCCAAUACCCCUCUAUAAAGGUGGAGAUGCCAGAAACAGCAAAGAUCAAUGAAGCUUUCACCUGCGCCUUUGUCUUCAAGAAUACACUGGCAAUUCCUUUGGAAAAGUGUAAAUUGUAUGUAGAAGGCCUGGGAUUUUUCAAAAUGGAAAUAUUUGAUGAAGGAGACAUAAGACCUGGUGGGAUCUUUAAAUCUAAGAUUAUCUGUCAUCCUAAGAAAGCUGGAGAGAAAAAAAUAAUAGCCCAGCUAAACUCUCUGCAGGUCAAAGGAAUAUCUGUGGAAAAGAUCAUCAUCAUCACUGAGUAGGGGCAGUACUAGAUCUCUUAAGAGGGUGUUAGUAUUAUAAAUGAAUAUUGCUAGAACAUCUUACUUUCUUUAAGAGUCAUACGAGAGUCUUUAAGGUUAUACAGGAGACAAAUAAAUAUUAUGGUAAGGGAAUUGAAAUGGCUUAAGGGCAUAGCAGCUUUGAUUUUAGUUAAUCGUGAUUUAAUAAAGAUUGUGAAAUCUACUCUAACAUUUAUAAAAUUGUCAGCCUACCAUGACUAAGUGGUUGUUUUGAGAAACUGAGAAUGGGCAAGCUGUACAUCAGUUUGGAAGAGAGCUCAUUUUGUGGCUGGCUUUUCCUUUCAUAACAAUCACAAGCUUUGUGUAAAGAUAAUACAGUUAGUGUCUGCCUGCUGCUUUGCCUUUUCACACUCCUGUGUUGGAUGAAGUAAUGUUUUAUCUAUUGGUUACUGUACUAUCAUUCAUACCCGUUUUGGCAUUUCAUGUGUACUUCAAUUCAUAGGACCAAUCAUGCUGUAUCAUGUUACUGGGCUGAAGGGAUCAUAUGUUGCUGUAGCUUAUAUAUUAUGCAUUAUUUGCUCACUGCACCAUGGCAGACAGCUUUGUUUCACACAGGACAGCCUUUCUCAAAGAAACUACCUGAAACAGAUUCCAGGCAGAGGGGUUCUUUAAAAAAUAGUUUCUAUUUGUAAACCCAAGCACACUGGACAGAAAGCCACUUUUCAUCUCAAUUACCUAUUAAUAAAAAAUGGCCAGCCUUAUCAGUGUAUUUAAAAAGAACACUAACCAACCAUAUGAAUAUGGCUUUAAACUACAGUUCUGCAUUUAAGAACUAUAGUUAAAACCCUCUCAAACACCCAUUUCACCCAAAUAUUCUAGACUGUAAAUGAGGCUUUUCAUGCUCUGCAUUUUCUGAAGCGUUUCCACCACCAGCCAGCCCAGCAGGGGAGAGCUGUGUUGUGAAGCAGACAACAGAUGUGUGUAGCUGGACUUCUCCUGAUCCUGUUCCAACGCACUGUAAACACCCAGUGAACUAAUUAUUGGCACAAGGUGGUUCAGCUCUCCACACUAUUGUAACAUAACCAUUAGUGGUCAAGUGCUGAGGUUUGUAGUUUACCCCAGUGUCACAAAAAAGCAGCCUGAGCUUCCAGGAUUUCCAGGAAUCUUUAUAUGCUAGAUGAGAACAAAUACAGGUUCAAGGGAUUAUGGUAGCUGAAAAGCAGGCUAGUUUGUUCAGACACCUGCAUGGAAAAGCUACUAAUAAUGAGGAGGGCUCUACUAGGUUUUGGAGGGUCCCACAUGCCUGCACCUAGCAGCUGAAAGGUUGGCUUGGGGUAUCUUUCUAAAGCUUAGUUUAAAACAGCAUGUAUGUGAGCAUUAGUUUUGAAAUGCUUUGGCAGUAAUUGACUAUAC